GGCAGCAAAGAGGGGCUCGUCUCCCUCUCCGUGAGGAGUUCCAUGGAUUCUGGGACUGAGCUCUCUCUCUCUUUCUCUCUCCCUACACCCUCGUUUUGCGCCCAUCGUAGUUCCAUGUCCUGAAGGUUGCCCUCUUUUCCGCUCCGUUUCUUGUUUCUGGUCCUCUCUUUUACACCCACGCAGCGUAUCUUCACUUCCGGUGCCGGCGGUGGAUUUAUCUUCUUUUUGCUGAAGAGUGUUAGGGCUAAGCAGUCUGCGCUGCUCUUUUAGUUGAUGAUGUUCCCUUGUGGUUUUGCUUCUUUGAUGGCGGAAUCGUGAUGGAUGAGGGUGGAAUUGGUUGCUGAAACUCAAGAUUUUCCGGUACUUGAGGUGGAUUUAUGAACUGUUUGUUCUUGUCGGUGCGGAAACGAUCAAUAAUUGUCCUUUAGCCGUUGUUCCUCUUGAAAGGCGUUGAUUCGCUGCUUAUGCAAACGAUUGAUUUGAUCGAGAGACUGGAUUUGGUUGCAAAAAAGUUGGAUUUUUAUGGGGAAAAGCUGUCGAUAACUCGGUUGUUUGGUUGGUUUUUGUGAAAAAUGGAGAGCGAAAAAAAGAUCUUGAUGGUCGAUGAGAAUGAUCGUGGAGAUCUGGUGAAAGAUUGUAAACCAGAGGACAUCUUGUGCUCAGAGAUAGUAAUGGAUGAAAAUGGUGUACUUUGGUACGUGGAUGGUAAUGACGGUUUUGAGGGCGAGAAGGGUGAGGGAAGCAAUGUGGUUUUUGCAAGGGAGGCUCCUCUCUCGACAAAAGACCCUCUGACCUCCAAAGAUUAUAGCUGUGGCACCAACAAGUUCAGAUUGAUGGAAUCUGAAAUCCGAAGGAAGGACAAAAAUAAACAGGAGAAGAAGCUCAGCAGGAAGGACAGGAUCGAGCUUGGUCGUUUGUUUCAGGGUGCAUUGAGUUCUCAGGAUUUAGAACUCGCUGAGAACUUCAUUCUGUUGGCAGAUCCACAAACUCUUAAUGAUAUGCUGUGCAUAACAUUAGACUCCAUAUGGUUCUUGACAACUAAGCAAGAACUGAAUGGUGUUACUGGGAUGAUCAAGAAGAUCGUCGCCAAUGGAGCUAAUGACUUCACGAGGGCUACCCUCAGGACAUCGUUUCUGGCUUCAUGUGUUUCUGCAUGUCAGAGCAAAACAAUGAGUUUGGCUGAUACAGUGGGUAUCAUGGCCCAAAGGUUGCAUGAGCGUCUUCGAGAAUGUCAUGGUGAUGAAGUUUUGAAGGCAGAAGCAGGUGUGAAGGUCCAGAAGUUCACAGACUGGGCUUUGAAGUGCAUUGGGAUUCACUCUCGGAGCCGAAAGGAUAGGGACAGAAGGAGUUACAGCACAAUUUUUGAGGUCCAACUUCAGUUGUCAGCUUUCAAAAGCUUUUUAGAUCUUGCUGGCAACAGCCUUACCGGAAAGGAUUUUACUGAAGCUUUUGACGCAGCAUGCUUCCCUCUUACUCUAUUCUCUAGCUCGUUUGAUCCGGGUUGGGCAUUUGGAAUAUCGGCAACUGUAAUACAAGGAUUACUUGGGAUGCUAGUGGAGGGUGGUGCGGACAAUGUAAACCAAUGCUUUCUCGAGGCUUCAAGAUUUGGAAGUACAGAGCUUGUCCGAAUCUUGCUACAGAUUGCUCAAAGGAACAGCUUGGAUGUUGAUGUUGAACUUGCCUUAGGCUUUGCCUCUCACCACUGUAAGAUUGGAACCAUGGAAUGCUUGGUGGAAGAAGGGAAUGCUGGGGCCUUCCUUGGUCCUUUGUUGCGAGCUGCUGAGAGGGGCUGCAUGCAGGUAGUUCAAUGGUUUGUCGAUCGGGGAUGUAGGGAUAUGGAACUAUGCAUUGCACUUACUGCUUCCGUCGCUAGCAGCCAGGUGGGUAUUGCAGCUUACCUUCUCCCACGCAUCCCAGAGCAUGUCCUUGCUGCCCUCAGCAUUGAGAUCCUAAAGGCAGCAGCUGAGAGAAGCAGUGGCUCGCUAGCUGGUGUUGAAUUCCUUCUGCGCAACAACUUCCUUGGUGACCCUGUGGCAACAUAUGCCGUGGCUGACAGCAUUGCCGAGUCCAGUGACGAGGCUGUGGCCCCUGACCUGAGAGCUUUUCUGAAGGAGCAUUGGUCGGAGGCAGCAUUUGCUGAGGGCUUGAAUUAUGGGCAGAACCACUUUGUGAAUUUUAUGAGGAUUCUGAGAAGGGGUGGCUCACCCAUCUGUCUCAGGGAUCUUCCGCCGUCCCUGGUGACGGCCAUAGCGUACCUAUCGCUGUACAGAGAGUGUCGGAAGGCAGGUGGGUUGUUGUUGCCGCAGAAACUGAGAGGGCAACUUGUGGAGGCAGCUAGCAAGGUCGCGGGGAGGCCGGUGGACAAGAACAGCCAGGCAGGAGACCUUAUGGCAGUUUUGGAGCAUCACCUACCGACCUUCUUUCUGCAAUCCCCAACCACCACCAGCCCCCCACUAUAGUUUAACUUACUGAUAGAACACGGAAUCAAGGGACAAUAAAUGACUUUGCUAUAGCCCUUUAGCUAAUGGAACUCUGUGUUCUCUUUGGUGUUCUAUGCUUCUGCAUCAAGAGUUGCAUGGAACAUUUUAAUGGCAAGUCAAUUGAGGGUAUAUCUUGAAAAUUUGAUCAAGCUAAAGUUGAAUCUGCUG